AAGCCACCGAAUAUGAAGAAAAUGUUAAAGUAGAUGCCAUGGUCAUGAGGAGGAGACAGUUGGAAAUUGUUGAUAUAAGGGGGUGGUCUGAACCACUGUCCUUGAUUGGCGUAAAAAAAAAAAAAAAAACACAGACGCACUUUAGAGUUCACUGCUAGGACGUGUAGCAGUCCUUUCAUCCACCGUGCAGGCUGUGUGGCUCGGCGCUCUGCCCGACACCCUCUCUCCUCUGCUUACUGUCGUGUCUCCUCUCCUGAACAGAGUCAAACAGACGAGCAUUUGCCCAGGAAAUAUUCUCCACUCUCUGGCAACUGGAUGGGAAGAAGGAGAAUCUUUGACCUUGGAAAAUGAAGAUAUUGUUGCCAUGGGAACUGUUAAUCCUUCUGUCACUCAAAGAGUGCCUGGCUGAGAAUACACGCCAUGGUCCUGUCUUCACCCAGGAGCCUAGUGACAGUAUUUUCCCUCUGAGCACUGAUGAUAAGCAGGUGUUUAUUAAUUGCAAAGCUAAAGGAAACCCUCUUCCGCAUUAUAGGUGGAAAGUGGAUGGGAGAGAAAUAAACACAGAGUCAGAUCCAAACUACAGCCUUGUAGAGGGGAACCUGUUGAUCAAUAAUGCUCAUGUCAUCAAUCAUGGAGGAGUGUAUCAGUGCAUCGCCACCAACACAUUUGGGACCAUUGUCAGCAGGGAGGCAAGGGUCCAGUUUGCAUUUCUGCAGAACUUCAGCAGGAAGUCAAGGAACACGGUGUCGGUGAGAGAGGGUCAAGCCGUGGUUCUGCUCUGCGGCCCCCCACCCCAUUAUGGAGAAAUCAAAUAUUCAUGGUUUUUCAACGGACAGUGGAGCUUCCUGCAGCAGGACGCUCGUCGUUUUAUCUCUCAAAGGACGGGCAACUUGUACAUAGCCAAAGUUGAAGCCUCAGAUGCUGGGAACUACACGUGUGCGGUGAGAAACAUGAUGACCAAUGCCACUGUGUUCAGCUCUCCAACCCCUGUGGUGGUGCGGAGGGACGUAGUGAUGGGUGAAUACGAGCCAAAGAUUGAGGUUCAGUUUCUUGACACCCUUCACAUCUCUAAAGGAUCAUCAGUGAAGCUGGAAUGCUUUGCCUUAGGAAACCCUGUGCCUUCCAUCUCAUGGAGACGAGCUGAUGGAAAUACAUUCCCUGGCAAGAUUAAAAUCAACCACUCCAGUGGGGUUCUGGAAAUUCCAUAUUUUCGCCCAGAGGAUGCCGGUGUGUACGAGUGUAUAGCUGAAAACAGCAGAGGACGAAAUGUUGCCAGAGGGCAACUUAUAUUCCACAAUGUUGAACAUCUGCACUGGGUCCAGACACUGAAAGAUGCUCAUAUGGCCAUUGAUGCUAAUCUGCAGUGGGAAUGUAAAGCCGCCGGUAAGCCUAGGCCUACAUACAAAUGGCUGAAGAAUGGUCAGCCACUAAUAGCUGAGGGGAGGGCCCAUGUGGAGGCUGGAAGACUGACCAUAUCCAAGAUAAGUCUGUUGGAUUCUGGGAUGUAUCAAUGUGUAGCAGAGAAUGAAUAUGGAGCUGUCUAUGCCAGUGCUGAGCUCAAGGUUAUAGCUUCCCCACCUGACUUCACCCGGCGGCCCGUGAAGAAGUCCACAGUGAUCCAGAGGGGGGGUGAGGUGGUCUUAGCGUGUCGCCCCCACGCUUCCCCCAGGGCCACAAUCUCCUGGUGGAGAGGGGGUGAACUCCUGAAGGACAGCAAGAGUUCUGUCCCUCUUCUCAGACAGACUAUCAUGGAGGAUGGGACUCUACGUAUCACCAACAUCUCCAAAUCUGAUGGAGGCAAGUACACAUGUGUGGCCAGAAACCAUUUUGGAACAUCCAGCAGCACGGGAACACUGGUGGUGAAAGAGCCUACCAAGAUUAUAGUUCCACCCUUGAGUUUGGACGCCACUGUGGGACAGAGCAUUGUGUUGCCAUGUGAGGUGUCCAGUGAUUCGUCCCUGAGUCCCAUCUUCAAGUGGUUUUUCAACGGAAAAGCCAUUGAUUUCAACAGGCAGGAGCACUUUGAGAUGAUUGGAGGGGGAUUUGCAGGUGACCUGAUGGUGAGGAACAUUCAGCUAAAGCAUUCUGGGAAGUAUGUGUGUAUGGUACACACUGAAAUUGACACUGUUUCAGCAGCAGCAGACUUAAUUGUCAAAGGACCUCCUGGUGCCCCGGAGAGCCUGGUGGUGACUGACAUUACUGACACCACUGUGCAACUGUCCUGGGGCUCUGGACCUGACAACCGGAGUCCUGUUACCAUGUACAUGGUGCAGGUCAGGACCCCCUUCUCUAUAGGGUGGCAGACUGUGAGAACAGUUCCUGAUUAUGUGCCUGGACAGAUGACGCAUGCAACAGUGAAAGAUUUGAACCCCUGGGUGGAUUAUGAAUUCAGGGUGGUGGCAAUCAACAGUGUUGGUGUUGGAGAACCCAGCACGCCAUCAAAACAGAUUCGAACUAAAGCUGCAGUUCCCAAGGUUGCACCAGUUAAUGUAAGUGGUGGUGGAGGAGCUCAAGGAGAACUUGUCAUCAUGUGGGAGCCAGUUCCAGAGGAACAGCAGAGCGGAGAGGACUUUGGCUAUGUCGUGGCUUUCCACCCACUUGGCAGCAGCACCUGGAUCCAGACAGUGCUGGCAUCCCCUGAUGCAUCGAGAUAUAUUUACAGAAACGACAGCAUCGCACCCCUGUCCCAGUUUGAAGUGAAAGUAGGAGUCUACAACAGCAUGGGAGAGGGGCCGUUCAGCCGUGUUGUCAGAGUGUUUUCUGCAGAAGAAGAGCCCUCUGAGGCGCCAUCAAGAGUAUGGGCCCAUGCUGUGUCAGCCUCUGAGAUCGAGGUGUACUGGGAGCCAGUUCCCCCCGGGUCCAACAGCGAGAAGAUCAUUGCAUAUGAGGUUCUGUUUUGGGAGAAAGGAUCUCGACAAGGUGAAGCAGAGAGAGUGAGGGUUAUCAACACCACAGCUCUGCUCUCUGGCGUGAAGGGCAGCACAGUCUAUCUGAUCUCAGUCAGAGCCCAAAACAGCGCUGGACUUGGACCCUGCAGUCCUGCUUUUAACAUCACCACCAAGAAACCACCUCCAAGUCAGCCUCUAGGGAAUAUUGAGUGGAACCUGACCAACUCUAAGAUCUUUCUAAAUUGGGAACAUGUCAAGGCGAUGGAAAAUGAGUCUGAGGUGACAGGAUACAAGGUUGUAUAUCGUCAGAACUGGCAUGGCAGGACUACUGUACUGGAAACCAAUAAGACCAGCGUGGAGCUGCAAAUUCCCUCUGGAGAGGACUACCUUAUUGAGAUCAGAGCUCUGACCGAAGGGGGUGAUGGCCCCAGCAGUGGCCCCAUCCGCAUACCAAAGAUGUCCAGUCUUAACUCAAAAGGAUGUGUGUGUCCAGUUCCAAUGAAGAUUUGCUUUUUUAUGUUUUUUGUAUAUUCCCUGUUCAUUUUGUAGCUUCUAAUGCCUUUAUAUUUAGCUCUGGACAUUAGAAUGAAUAUAGCUUAUGAUUCUCUUCUGCAGAUUUGUGGAAUAAGCAGCUAACUAGAGAGUUUAUCAACAACUGGUUUGCAAACCACAACUGGAUGAUGUUAGCAUUCUGACAGGUUGUCAAAUGCCCACAAAUCUGUGGCUGGACCAUUAGUCAUAGACAAAAGCAGUUACAGAACAUUUUUAUCGGCCUAUUUAUAGGACCACUGCAAUCCUCCAGGAUGCAUGCAUUUGAUAAAAAUGGAAAGAUUCUUUCUGUCAUUUUGAAAUGAACCUGAGCACAGGUUCAUGUCCCAGUUUCCCCAAUCCACUGUCUGUUUUGACCUAUACUGCCUCAACUUCCAAGUUAUUUCUUGGCUUGCUGUGACCUCUAUGAAUGUUACAGACCAAAAGGUACAAGUUUCACUUACUUCACAUACUACACAUUCAAUAUGAAAGAGUAUAGUCAAUAUCAAUUUACUCUGUUCUCAUCAUUUGGACUUAAAGUGUUAAUCCUUUAUAUGAAAACAAAUUAAAUUGUAGCCCUAUGCUAUUUUUCAUUGUUGGUGGUGGAGAAUUACCCCACAAAAUUAGAGGAAUAAUUUGACAUAGGAAUUACACUUUUUGAUUUCUAGUGGUUUCCCCCUGCUUCCACUCUUUAUGCUAAGCUAAGUUAAUUGACUCCCAGCUCUAGCUCAUCUAACUCUCAGAAACAAAACGAAUAAGCGUUUUUCCCAAAUAUGGUUCAUUCUUUGGUUUCAUACAACAUGAAACAUAUAGUGGCAGUACACCCAUGUAUCGCAUAAUUAUUUAUGUGCAAUUAUUUUUGUUAAUUAUAUGAGUAUAUGUGUAGUACCUGACACUAAAUAACCCACAAACACAUCACAGUUUGUUUACUUUGUUCCACAGUUAACUAUUAGCUAAGUAGCAUUAGCUCAGCUCCUUAGCCUAACCCCCAAACAAACCAGCAUUGUUUGCCUUAAAAGUGUACUCCACUGAUUUAGCAUUGCACUCCUAUAACAUUGUUGCAGUUACAAUGAACAGGGUGUGUUAUGCUAGUAGUGACUAAUGUAGCCUUGAGCCUCUAGCCUCAAGCAGAGAUGAGGAGCAGGCUGCAGAGGUCUCACUUCUAUCUAACGCCAUACCCCCAGAUUUUUUUUCAUUUUCAAACUUCUUCUUAGUCUUCAGCCUCAACCGACGCUGACUCAAGUGACAUCACUUGAGAUCAUUUAUCAGACUUUAAAAGUUUAAAAGGUUUUACACAACUUUUUUCAUAUGUGCAGUAGUACUCCCCAAGGCCUGUAAACACACUUUGAUGUGUAAAAUCAGUGGAGUUCCCCUGUAAAAGUGCCAAACUGUUUGCAUUUUGUAAUAAAAUCUCGACCUUUACUUUCUGCACAUAAGUGUUUGCCUUUGCAAAACUCCUCUGUGGGCGUUGCAGUUAUUAUAAACUUUUACCAUGUUUUUACCAUGUUGAAAGUCUAUCAGUCUAUCCACUCGGUGCUCUUUUCAGAGUGCUGUGUCAGUGUUUCAUUAUCAAAUCAUUCCGCUUGCUUAUUGAGAGAAUGCCCACAUCAAUGAAAUUCCAUACCACGUUUUCACUGCUACCUUGCACCCAGGCAGAUUGUCACAUAGCACGCACACACAUGUGUGGCCUACACACGAGUGCGCCACUUCAUCAGACCAAAUCAGGUAUCGCAGCAAGUAGCCGCAGGUUUGUGCAGCGGUGUGUGAAUGUGUUUCACAGCAGCUAUAUUCUACAGCACAAUCAGAAAAUAACAUUUUAUUUUUCUGAUUCACCGGCUUUCACGCUACCGGUGCUUCCUCUCCUCAUUCACUCUAUAAGUCUCUCUGUCUCUCUCUCCCUCUCAAACAAAUGAACACAAACCAAAGGAAGCUUCUUGAUAUAGUUAUUUUUCACUAUAGACUGCAAGCCAGACACAGCCCUCGAAAUUGGGUACACGAAAUAAACCAAGCGAGGACACAACUGGGAGAGUAUCAUAGUUUGGUCUAUGAACUCUGCCUGGAUAGCGCCUGGUUUCAGUGAUAGUUCAGGCUGACUGUGGAGGAGUUUGACCAGUCUGAUCGCCGGAUUGGCCACCGCAGCGUGACGUUGGGUUGCAUUUCUCCAAAAGUUGAUUCUGUUUCAACUUUUCCACUGCAAGUCACUGCAGGUUUUUUUCUGGACCCCCUGCGUCCCCCACCACCGCAGCCUAAACGUACUACCACUACUGGUAUUUUCACAGCAGCGCCUGAUUUGGUCUGAAAUCAGUUGAUGCCCGGAUGCCAGGUAGCUGAGUUGUUGGGUCACAUACUGUCACCACAAAAUGUUCAGGGUAUUGUUAACUUAACUAAAGCUUGGCAUUUAACUAAAUGUUCAUAUUUUGUUCACCUGUUGCUUGUAGCCUUCUUGAUUUUGUUACCUUGACUACAGUGGUCCACUCCACUUUACUCAUAGAUUUGAUAACACUAAAGAAACUAAUUUAACAGAAAUUGCAAUUGCAUGCAAACAUAGAGCCUCAAGUUUAAAUAAACAAUGAGUGGUAAUUAUUAAAGAUGGCUCUGAAUUAGUCAUCAAAUCAAUUUCUGUACUUUUAGCUUUUUAAUAUCUUCAAAUAUGUAAUCUGCGGCCAACCACGUCCUCUGGAUGAAAUUACAAAAUGCACCCAUAAUUUUCCUCAUGCUAGUAUAGCCAGAUAAAAGUAUCAAACCAUGUGUUAAAAGGCAACAGAAUACAGGAAAUGACAUCUACUCUGUUUCUAGGGGAGGACCCUCACCUCCGUUAGAUUGUCCCACCCACAUUUUCAAUGCUUCCUACACCCAUGAAAAUAAAACACUAGAAAAUUUGAUAUAUGUUUAUUCAUUUAUACAUACAUUUUAAUAAUGACUGCAUUUCAUCAACUGUAGGUUUCCAGUUCAGCGAUGGUAUUGUGCAUGUUGGCUCAUUGGCAUUGUUUUCUUACACAUCUAAAUAGAACAAAGUCAUCGUUAAUUUGUAUUAUAGCACUAGUUAUUAGUAACAUGUGCUUUUCCUACCAUGACAAGUCAAAAUAUCCACUGUGAGAAAGGCUGCACGUUAAGGAGAAACUCAGCUUGUCUGAUACAAAUAUGAAUGAAAUUACAUUACACCAUAAUAACUAAUGUAGCCCAAGCAGUGGUAAUUAGUGGCAUUAAAAGACAGUCAUCGGUUCAUAUUUUUCUACUCUUGGAUUAUCUAAUAAAUACAAUCCUUGUUGCACUCCAUAUUAACAAUGCUGCCCAUGCUAGUUUAUUUGGGGUUAUAGCUGUACAAAUUCUUCAAAAUGAAUAUCUGUCAGACUACUAGCUCCACAGUCGAUAUUCCAUUUAGGUUACACGUGUAACCUAAUGUGACCACCAGUCACCACAGGUGUUGCCAGAUCCAUUAAAACAGACAAUCUUCAGGAAUAACACUUUAAUACCACACUCUAUUCAUCCACAGAGUUAGGACAGCCAUGUUUGUGCUGCUCAAAUGGGUUGUAUGUUGGGAACACAUACCAACCCAGUUAAAAUGAAUUCUUCACAAGUGUUAAACAAAUCUGCUUUGCCUUAUCACGUUUAUAUUCUUCAAAUCUGUUGUCAACCUGUCUUACAUACAGAUUGUAAUUUUUGUUUUUGGGGGAGGGGGGGGGAUUAAUUAUAGUGGGAGAUUGGCAAAAUGAUGGCAUAAGAAAGGACAAACAAUAAGUAAGUAUAAAAGCUCUCCUGAACCUUACUUUUGUUGCCACUUUUGUGCAUUUAGUGCACUUUUCAUAAAACGCUAACAUUAGCAUCCACCAUAACCAAGUAAAUACAUAACAGAAUACUGAGAAGUGAAACUGCAUCUCAACUAUGCUGUAAUAUUUUCGAUUUCAGAUUUGUUUGAUGUGCACAGAUUUCAUUUAGAUUGUUUGAUGGCUUUUCAUUAUGUUGUACAGACUCUCAUAUGGUCUGUCACUUUCAACCCAUCUGGGUGACACUUUUGGGACAACACACUUUCCUAUUAACUUUAACAUACAGUAUAUUUAUCAUGAAAACUGUUAACCCAACAUCUGUCAUUAAUUAAUAUGUGUAUGUUUUGAGUAACACAUACAUUUGUCCUGAAGAGUAGAUGCAGGUGUUAAAAUGACAUACUUAGUGUGUACAAUACAGUGUAGAAUAUUUUUCCCUCAUGUUUAUUUGUAUGCAUUAUUCUUUAUUUUGAUGACUAAAGUGCUAAAAAAAACAUUAUACUGCAUUAUUCUAUGAUUUAUAUAUAUAUUUACUGUUUUACUGUUAACAACUUUUAGAAAAUCUUGAAAUGUAGUUCUACCCAAACCUUGUUACUUUGAAGGAUUUAUUUUGUGCGAUGCCAUUACCUUAAACUUUAAGUCCCUUUACCUUUUCAUAUUUAAUGCUUUUAUUUAUUUUUAAAUUUUGCUGGAAUAUCUCGUUAUGUCUAAAAUUUGUAUUUCAGAUUUUUUUUCUUCUGAUUCAUCUGCUUCUUGAACUGAAACUGCAAUUUGUUACUUCAGUAAUGUAUUAAAAUUGUAUUAAUAUAAUAAGAUAUCUCUGUGAGAUGACAAGAAGACUCAAUAAAAUUUUCACAUUGAAACCCUUUAAUCAGUGGA